GGCAAGCUAUGAAUCUGAGAUUCAAGGAAGGUUCUUCUAUUUCUGACCACUUGAAUGAAUUUCAAGGGUGUUUUGAUCAGUUGUCAGACAUGGGCGUAAAGUUCGAGGAUGAGAUUUUGGGACUUUGGUUGCUGAAUACUUUGCCUGAUUCUUGGGAAAAUCUUCGUGUGUCUUUGAUUAGUUCUGCUCCUGGUGGUACAGUAACUAUGGAGUAUGUCAAAGCAGCCGUUCUGAAUGAAGAAGUGAGACGUAGAACUCAUGAGACAUCAACUUCAAAAUCUGAUGUCUUGGUUACUGAAAAUAGGGGGAGAAGCAAAGACAGAGAUCAUGGAGAAUUCAAAAGGGGCAAGAGCAGGAGCAAGUCUAGAUCAAAAUACAAAAAUGUUGAGUGCCAUUAUUGUCAUAAAAAGGGGCACUUGAUGAAAAACUGUUUCAAGCUGAAGAACAAAGACAAGAACAAGCCAGAAGGGAAAGAUGGUGAAAAUGAUCGCCAUGUUGCAGCCACGACUUCAGGUGAUCUCAUAGUUGUUUCUGAUAACGACUUGAUUAAUGUUGCCUCUGAUGAAUCAAGUUGGGUUAUCGAUAGUGGUGCCGCUUUCCAUGCGACGUCAAGGAAAGAUUUCUUCACAUCUUAUACUCCAGGUGAUUAUGGGGUAUUGAAGAUGGGUAAUGAUGGUCGUUCACAGGUUGUUGGCAUUGGAGUUGUGGUCCUGGAAACAAAAGCUGGGAUGAAGUUAGUGUUGAAGAAUGUCAGACAUGCACCAGAUAUUCGCUUAAAUCUAAUAUCUACUAGUGUCUUGGAUGAUGAAGGUUAUAUGAGUACCUUUGGUGAUGGGCAAUGCAAACUCACUAAGGGUUCUCUUAUUGUGGCUCGUGGGAAGAAGUGUUCAGGUUUAUACUGGACCAAUGCUUCAGUCUCUAUUGAUUCUGUCAAUGCUGUCGAGAGUGAUAGUUGUUCAGAAUUAUGGCAUAGAAGAUUGAGUCACAUCAGCGAGAAGGGUCUUGAUUGUUUAGCCAAGAAGAAUGUUCUGUCAGGAGUGAAGGAUGCAAAUUUAAAAAGGUGCAGUCACUGCUUGGCUGGGAAACAGAACAGGGUGUCCUUCAAGAGUUGUCCAUCUUUCAGAAAACCAGAGUUGCUUGAAUUGGAUGAGAGAUCCAAAUUAGAUGUCAAGACGAGGCAGUGCAUCUUUGUUGGCUAUGGUCAUGAUGAAUUUGGCUAUAGACUUUAUGAUCCUGUUGAGAAGAAGCUUGUCAGAAGCCGUGAUGUUAUCUUUAUGGAGGAUCAGAAUAUUGAAGAUAUUCAGAAGAUGGAGAAGUCUGGUUUUUUGGUCGAUUGGAGGUCCAAAUCUUGUCCGAUCGAGCUGAAAUUUUAGGAGGAGUCUAAGGACUCGUGGAGCUUCAAUCUGAACGGUGGAGAUCGAAUUUCAACGGUUCAAUCUCAAGUUAUGAGCUUCGCACCAGCUGCUGUUUUUUGGUGAUUUC